AUUUAUCAUUUGCUUUCCAUUUUCAUUUCCUAUUACUAGUCAUUUCAAGUAACCCUACUUUUUCCCUAUAUAUAAAACUACAACUAUUCAGCUAUACACCCAUUAUUACUUUUUCUACAUAAUUAGACAUGGAGACAAAAAGUGAUAAUUUUAAAGAUGGAGAUGAGGAAAAAAAUGACUACUACUGUAGUUCUAGAUCAGGAGUACUAGAUUCUCUUGAAGAUGAAGAAAUUAAGAGGAAAAUAUGUUGUCACUCUUUGUAUGGUCUUUUGGUUCAGACUCACUUGGAUUGUUUGAAGCAGGUUUGUUUGGGGAUCACUGAGAUUGACAAAAUUGAUCAAAAAACUGAAGAAAAGUCAUCAAAAUAUAAGAAAGUUAUCUCACACACAAUGGUUCAUCAAGCAGAAUUGAACAAUAAGUUCAGCUCACUCACAAUGGACCAACCAGCUGAACUGGACAACUUCAUGGAAGCAUAUUGUGUGGCUCUAAGCAAGCUAAAAGAGGCAAUGGAGGAACCUCAUUUGGAGUCCAUAAAGUUCAUCAAUCAUAUGUAUUCUCAGCUCAGUGAACUCAUGGAACUUCCUACUUCUACUUCCACACCAUCUAAUUUUGAUGGGAUGAAGGCCCGUGGCAACAAAUGAGAUGGUGGCAGGAGGAAGCUAGAUGAUUGAUAGAGCCAAGAUUCUAUAAGCUCAUAAUUUAUCUAAUUAUUUACUACUAAUUAAUUUACUUUAUCUAUGUUUAGCAAUCGAUGUAUGGUGGAAUUUCUUUGUUAUAGCUAGAUUGCCACAACUCGUAUGUACUAGUUUGUUUUCUUUUUUCUUUUUAUGUAGCAUUAUGUUAAUAAUAAUGAGGACUCCCAACAGCUGGUCGAACUCAUAAUUAAGGGUUUGAGAUGUUAAUUCUGAUAUGAUUAUAAGAUA